AAAACUUUACUCCAUUCAAAUUACUUCUGGUUCCAUCGUGGUGUGCUCAGAUUUUUCUGAUCGUCUUUGAGUUUUAAAGCAUUUAUUGAGUUUUGGUGUUUUGCACGUUGUGGUGUACUGACAUUGCAUUUAAUAUUUCUUAAUAAAAACUUUGUAAACUUAUUUACGACAGAGAAAAUAAAACAACAUGCUUCGUUUACCGAUCAGACUUGCUCGCGCAAACAUUCAACGCCAAUUGAUGGUACGUAGCUAUGCCAAGGAUGUGAAAUUUGGACCUGAGGUACGUGCAUUGAUGUUGCAAGGUGUUGAUGUCCUAGCUGAUGCCGUGGCUGUUACUAUGGGCCCGAAAGGCCGCAAUGUUAUUAUUGAGCAAUCUUGGGGGUCACCAAAAAUCACCAAAGAUGGUGUGACUGUUGCUAAAGCUAUUGAAUUGAAGGAUAAAUUCCAAAAUAUUGGUGCAAAGCUGGUUCAAGAUGUUGCUAAUAAUACAAAUGAGGAAGCUGGUGACGGUACAACCACAGCAACAGUUUUAGCGCGAGCAAUCGCUAAAGAAGGUUUUGAAAAAAUUUCCAAGGGCGCUAAUCCUGUGGAGAUCCGUCGUGGUGUUAUGUUGGCCGUAGACACUGUUAAAGAUCAUUUAAAGGCAAUGUCACGACCAGUAAGUACACCAGAAGAGAUUGCCCAAGUCGCAACUAUUUCUGCAAAUGGAGACCAAGAUGUUGGAAAUCUGAUUAGCGAAGCUAUGAAAAGAGUUGGUCGCGACGGUGUUAUCACAGUUAAAGACGGUAAAACACUUCUAGAUGAAUUGGAAGUAAUUGAGGGAAUGAAAUUCGAUAGAGGUUACAUUUCACCAUAUUUCAUCAACUCAUCUAAAGGAGCUAAAGUAGAAUUUCAAGAUGCCUUGAUUUUGUUGUCUGAGAAGAAAAUUUCAUCAGUGCAAAGCAUUAUCCCCGCCCUUGAAUUAGCUAAUUCUCAACGUAAACCUUUGGUUAUCAUUGCUGAAGAUAUUGAUGGCGAAGCUUUAAGCACACUUGUUGUGAAUCGUCUUAAGAUUGGUUUGCAAGUAGCAGCCGUCAAAGCUCCAGGCUUUGGUGAUAAUAGAAAGUCAACACUCACUGAUAUGGCAAUUGCAUCAGGUGGCAUCGUUUUUGGUGAUGACGCAAAUUUGGUUAAAUUGGAAGAUGUACAGAUAAACGACCUUGGAAAAGUUGGAGAGGUUGUUAUUACCAAGGAUGACACCUUAUUGCUUAAAGGAAAGGGCAAGAAGGAGGAUAUUACUCGCCGUGUUGAACAAAUUAAGGAUCAAAUCAGUGAAACUACAUCUGAAUAUGAGAAAGAGAAAUUGCAGGAGCGUUUGGCCCGUCUGGCUUCUGGUGUAGCAUUGUUGCGCGUCGGUGGCUCAAGUGAAGUUGAAGUUAACGAAAAGAAGGAUCGUGUACAUGAUGCACUCAAUGCUACUCGCGCCGCUGUGGAAGAAGGUAUUGUCCCCGGUGGUGGUACUGCUCUUUUGAGAUGUAUUCCAGUAUUGGAGGGUCUCAAGGGAUCUAACGAAGACCAGAAUAUGGGUAUUGAGAUUGUGCGCCGCGCUCUUCGUAUGCCUUGCAUGACAAUUGCUAAGAACGCUGGCGUUGAUGGUGCAAUGGUUGUAGCUAAGGUUGAAACAAAGGAAGGAGAUUUCGGAUAUGAUGCACUUAAGGCUGAAUACGGAAACUUAAUCGAGAAGGGUAUUAUUGAUCCCACAAAGGUUGUUCGCACAGCUAUCACGGACGCUUCUGGUGUAGCUUCCCUCUUGACCACAGCCGAAGCUGUUGUUACUGAAAUUCCAAAAGAAGAUGCUGCUCCUGGUCUUGGUGGAAUGGGCGGUAUGGGUGGUAUGGGAGGAAUGGGUGGAAUGGGAGGAAUGAUGUAAAAUCUAUUCUAUUUAAAUAAUUUCCAUUGUUAAAUAUGUUUAAAUUUUACAUGUUAUAUAUGUAAAAUAAUUAUAAAAUAGUUUUAAAUACUGACCAGUUAUAAAUUAGUGUCAUCGAAUCGCUACUGUUUGGGUAUAAGUUAUUCUGAACAUUUGUAAAUGGAUUUGUAGAGUGAAAGCAAAGCUGACUAAAUAAAUUCCAUAUGCCUCAAAUAGAAUCGGCAAUAGAAUGCUUACUUAAGUAGAAUUUAAGGUUUUGCGUGUCACCAAAGAAAAAUUUUGUGUGUAAAUUUACGAGAUUUUUUAUUGUACUUGAAGGCGGUUACUAUUUCUUGAACUCAAUUAAAAUAUAGAAAAAUAAAAGAAAUUUGUGGAAAGAAAUUAAA